UGAGGUAGAUGCACCAGCCGCCGCCGGCGGAGGGUGAACGUGCGAGGCGGGAAAUCCCCAUGGUCAUCGACAGCGGGGCAAAGGGGUGUGGCCGCCUGACGAGGAGCGACAGAGACGAAAGGGCCAACAGAGAAGCAGGAACAGGACGACAAGAGGGAGGAGGACGAGGACGGCGAAAAGUGUUUCUCCCUGAGGGCUUUUCCGUAAUUUGCCCUCCUGUCCCUGCGAGCCAACGUAAGUCGGCCUCGUCGUCGGUGACGGAGUUGGCAAUGCCGACGGCUAUGGCGGUCUUCUUGACCUGUUUCAGCUGCCUGCUGUGGCUCGCAUCCGCUGCACCGAUCGGCCCUCCCGAUCUGUACAGAUGCAAACCAAGGUCCCCCUGCUGCCUCCCCUCCCCCACCUCCCCUCCCACCCCUUUCUCUCGCAACACCUCCACUCCAGUCCGCACACGUCGAGCUCUCCAGAAUGUCCUCCAGGACACCACUUACCUAACCGCGCUUCGAACUGCCUACGACAGGCUACGCGAGCUGAGUCGCAGCUCUCCUGACGACCCUCGCGGCUUCUUUCAGCAGUCCAAUCUGCACUGUGCUUUCUGUCUUACUUCUGAUUUGAGUUAUGGGAACGAGUUUAACAUGCAUGGCAAUUGGUACUUUCUGCCCUGGCACAGGAUGCUUCUUUACUACCACGAACGAAUCCUGGGCUGGGCAGCCGGGGUCCCGGACCUUGCCCUGCCCUUUUGGAACUGGGACAAUGAGGCCGGGAGGGGGUUUCCAGCGCCCUAUGACGACAGCGGAUCCUCUCUCCAUGCGGAAGCACGGAGGGCCGCACCUGAGAGGCAGAGAGAGAUCGAGCGGUCUGUGACCAGGGAAAUGAUGCGGACCGAUGUGGUGCUUACGGACCAUUGGCACCCCGCCAUGGGGAACGAGAGGGAGGGCGGUACUCUGGAAACUGGGGGCCACAACUGGAUACACCUGGCCGUGGGAAGGGAAAGCGAUAGGAGAGAGAUGGGCGACCUGCAGUAUGCUGCUAACGACCCUAUUUUCUAUACCCACCAUGCUAAUGUGGAUAGGCUGUGGGAGGUAUGGCUGGGGCGUGAUUUGCGGCCUGGGCGCGGGGACCGAAGGAACCCCUCUUCAGCAGACUUUCUGGACUCCAGGUUCACCUUCUUCGACGAGAAUGCCAUGGCUAAAGUCAUUGCGGUGUCCGACGUCCUACAGCUGACCAAUCUACGGUACAGUUACGAGCGUGUGAGCCACGACUGGAUACAGCCGGAAGAUAGGACACCAGCACCUCAGUGGGCACCAUUGAUGGGUGGCUCUGGGGAAGCACCACUUCAACAAUCCGUGAAAUUCAGGGCUGUUGCACAUGGCACUGGGAACCCCAACCUAGUUAUCGCAGAUAUCAAGUCUCCAUACCCCAAAUCUGCACCCGCUUCUGUGCAGAGCGCGGGUGUGGUGCCGAUGCUGAGGUUCUUCAACAUCAGACACCACCUUGACAAGACCUUGGAGCUGCACAUAUUUGUAAACGAGCCGAAGGCAAACGCUGACACUCCGAGGUCCGGGAACCCAAAAUAUGUCCAAGGUCAUGCCUUCUUGCCAGAAGGCACACUUCACAAGUUCUGCCUAAGUGUGUCAAUUGGCCCGGCGUUAGAAAGGCUCAACCUGACAUUGAUAAGCAACUUCACUGUGCAGGUUGUGCGAGGCAUGGAGUUCGAAGUGCUGCCCGGUAGGCUCUCCAUCGAAUUCAUAGAUUACAUCAUCAGUCCUUCAGGGAUGUAGCCUUGUGGUAGGCCAAGUUCUGUGCCGCAGGACUUCAUGUACCCUUCGGAUUAAUCCCUGAAUCAAGUCGCGAGGGUGAGAAUGAAAAAGGAAUAGAAGGGGGUAGGACCUUCAUUUCGUGCAAAAAAAAGGGUAUGUUUUUUAUGAAUGUCAAAAGAAAAGAAGGGGGGGGUAACUACCCAGGCAGGGCCCGAGUUUGAAAUGCAGUUCAAACUCGGCCUUGCAGAAAGGUCCCACCGCAGAGUUUGAUGCUGCAAUGGAGUCAGCCACGUCGGCCGGUCUGCCCCUGGGCCAUUUUCCCAGUGGAACAGGCGCAAUGUGGCCCCGUAGAACAGUACCGGCCCACAGUUUGGAGACUCUCUUCUGCUAAGUGCAUGAAUUUGGCCCGGUACCGGGCUUGUGUCCAUGAACGGGCCGCAACGGCCCACCAGACCACAGACCUGAUGCACGUGACUUC